UUCUUCUUUUUUCAUUUUGAAAUAUGUGUUCACUUGAUUUGAAGGCGCCAGGUUUUCCUUUUGGAACAUUUUGAAUUGCAGGUGGCGCCUCGUCUGUCGUCUUCUGCGCCUUUCCUUCCUUCCUUCCUUCCUUUCUUUGUGGCUGACCACUCCCCCCCCAUUUGGAUUUGGUUUAUUUGACCUCCCUUUUCACGAGACAACUCGCUCGUCUUUACUUCUGAGCCGUUGAAGCAAGUGGACGCCGGGCGCAGACCUUCCUCCGGAAAACGCCCCAAGACAGGUCAAAGGGAAGCGGCUGUUGUGUCAGCGUAAAGUCGCGGUGGCGUCAUGUCGGCGGCGCAGACCCAGAAGGAGGGCGGCGGCGGCGGCGAAGAGGGCGGCUGGGCCUGUCUCGAGUCUCUGGGUCUGAGUCAGAAGGAGCUGGUCCUGGCCGAGGCCCUGCAGAUGGAGUACGACGCCCUCUCCAAGCUCAAGCGGGACAAAAAGACCCCCGACGCCGAGCGGCCCCGGACCCCCCCGGGGGCCCCGGCUCAACCCGACCCGUCUCUCCGCCGAGCCGGAUGUUCCGGCUCCGCCGGGGUUCCGCCUCCCCGGGGGGGACGUCUUUAUAUCCUGGACGGUCCCGAACCGACCAAGCUCGGCCCCGCAGACUCUGAGAUUCUUCCCAAAGGCUCCCGAAGCUUUCCCGAGGACGGCCCCCCUGCCGUGCCCCCGCGGAACCCCGUCCCGCCGCCGUCGGCGUCCGAGAGUCCGUUUUUGGCGGCCAGUGGGCCCGCGGUGUCCCGCGACGUCAAUCUGUACACGCCUGGCGCCGACCCGCCCAAAGUCUCCCCGGCCGAAUUCAAGUUUGACGUCACGGACGACUCGCUGGCCCGACUGGACGACGGCGGCCGGCCCGACCGGCCCGGGAGGCCCGUGGCCCGGAGCAACACCCUGCCCCCUCGAGUCCCGCCCAGGACGUACUUGCCUGCCGCCAGGAGCGACAAGAACCAGCGCCGGGCCUCGGCAGACCGGGCGGCGCCGGGGGGCUCGCGGCCGAACGGCUCCGGCUACGAACUCUUCCAGGUGUGCGAGGAGCGCGACGAGGAGGUGGCGGCCUUCUGCCACAUGCUGGACGGGCUGCGUUCGGCGUACCCGCACAGCGACCGCUCCAAGAACGCCGGCUUGGUGUGGUCCCCGUCGGCGGGCCAGGAGGAGCUCGGUCAGGGCCCGGGCGUCAGCGUCAAGGUGACGGUCUUCGGGGCCGAGUCGGGCGAGCCGCUGGCCUUCACCUGCGACGGCUCGUCCACCGCCGACCUGAUCAUCUACCAGACGCUGUGCUACGCUCAGGAGGACCUGGACCACCUGGACGUGGACGAGUACCUGCUGAAGGUCUGCGGACGGGACGAGUACCUCCAGAACUGUCAGACUUUGUCAGGUUCGGAGUUGGUGCAGCAGUGCUUGAAGUUCGACAAGGACGUGCGACUGGUCCUGACCGAGAGGUCCUCCGUCGGCGGCGAGCUGGCACGCACGAAGGACGACGACGAUCUGGCGUCCACGUUGAACCACGCCAUCCUGCUGCAGGAGCGUCCGAUCAAACAGACGGUCACCAGGGAGGCUCUGACGCUGCUGCUGGACACGUUCCACAACGAGGCCGAGUCCUUCCUGCUGUCCGAGGCGGAGUUGCCGCCGCGCGUGGAGCGGCUGGUCCAAUCGGUGAAGGCGCUGUGCAGCUCUCUGGCCGCCGUGGAGACUCCGGACGUGACGUCGGCGCUGGGGCGGCUGCCCGCUUGCCCGUGCCGCCUGCAGCCCAAAGUCCUCAAGGACGCGUCGCUGCUGUCGGUCCGGGAGAACCGAGAGAAGGUGGUGGAGAGGCUGACGGUGGCCAUCUUGGACCUGGUGGAGUUGUACUGCUGCACGUUCAACGCCAACUUCCACACGGCGCCGCCCGACCGUGCCGGCGCCGCCGCCGUCCGGGAGGCGGGCCGCGCCACCCCCGUGCUCUCCUUCAACGUCUACGCCGCGCACCGCGUGCCCGUCACCUGGGCCACCAGUUACGAAGGCUUCUUCCUGUCAUGCUGGCUGACUCACGGAGGGGCGGAGCUGUGCGCGCCGCAGCACACCAGCAAGCAGGCGGUCAGCAAGUACCUUUUCCACCUGGUGGUUUGGGACCAGAGGGUGACUUUUCCGUUGCAGAUCAAUCAGCUUCCCCGAGAGACGCAGCUGACGGUGACGCUGUACGCCACCCCUCUGCCGCCCCCCGGCGGCGCCGAGGAGAAGGGCAAGCAGCGGCGCGGCGCCGAGGCGCUGGGCUGGGUCACCGUGCCGCUCUUUGACUUCAGGCAUGUGCUGACGUGCGGCAGGAAGUUGCUGGGCCUGUGGCCUUCGACCCCGGGUCGGAACGCCAACGCCCGCUCCGGCUCGCCCAACUUCAGCCAGCCCGACAGCGUCAUCCUGCAGGUGGACUUCCCGUCGUGGGGCUUCGAGGUUCGCUUCAGCACGCCGCCCGCCGCCGCCUUUUGUCCUCGGUACGACUUUUCGCGGCUGGACGCCGUCAGCCAGAUCACGCUGCGGGACGUCCUGCACAAGAAGGCCUUCUUCUGGCUGACGGCGGAGGACAAGCGUCUGGCGUGGGAGAAGAAGGCCUUCUGCCAGGCGGAGAGCGAGGCGCUUCCGCUGGUGCUGGCCAGCGCCCCCUGCUGGCAGUGGGCCUGCCUGCCGGACAUCUACGCCCUGCUGGGUCAGUGGGCCCGCCCCGGCCGGCUGGACGCGCUGGGACUGCUGCACGCCAGGUUCCCGGACCAGGAGCUGAGGAGGACGGCCGUCCGGUGGAUGGAGUCCAUGUCCGAGUCGGAGCUGCUGGACUUCCUGCCUCAGCUGGUGCAGGCGGUGAAGUCCGAGUGCUACCUGGACAGCCCGCUGGUGCGCUUCCUGCUGCGUCGCGCCACGGGCGACCUCAGCGUGGCGCACUACCUCUUCUGGCUUCUGAAGGACAACCUGCAGGACGGGCAAUUCUGCGCUCGCUAUCAGCACCUGCUGGCCGCCCUCCUUUGCUGCGCCGGCCGCGGCCUCCGAGAGCAGCUGGAGCGCCAGUGCCGGCUGGUGUCGGUCUCGGCCGAGGCGGCGCGGCGCGUCCGGGAGGCGGCGCCGUCCGCCAGGCAGAACGCGCUGAGGGAAGGCCUGGAGGAGAUGGAGCGCUUCUUCUCGGCCAACGGCAGCUGCAGACUCCCUCUGGACCCGGCGCUGCUGGUCCGAGGGAUCGACAUCCAGUCGUGCUCGUUCUUCAACUCCAACGCCGUCCCGCUCAAGCUGUCCUUCCGGAACGCGGACCCCUCGGGCGACAACGUCAACGUCAUCUUCAAGUCUGGAGAAGAUCUGCGUCAGGACAUGCUGACGCUGCAGGUGAUCCGGAUCAUGAACAAGAUCUGGAUCCAGGAAGGUCUGGACAUGCGGAUGGUGAUCUUCAAGUGCUUCUCCGCGGGGCGAGGCUGCGGCAUGGUGGAGAUGAUCCCGCAGGCCGACACGCUGAGGAAGAUCCAAGUGGAGCACGGCGUGACGGGAUCCUUCAAGGACGGGCCGCUGGCCGACUGGCUGCAGAAGCACAACCCCGCCGACGAGCAGUACGAAAAGGCGGUGGAGAAUUUCAUCUACUCGUGCGCGGGCUGCUGCGUGGCCACGUACGUGUUGGGCAUCUGCGACCGGCACAACGACAACAUCAUGCUGAAGACCAGCGGCCACAUGUUCCACAUCGACUUCGGCAAGUUCCUGGGCCACGCGCAGAUGUUCGGCAACAUCAAGCGGGACCGGGCCCCCUUCGUCUUCACGUCCGACAUGGCGUACGUCAUCAACGGCGGCGACAAGCCGUCCAGCCGCUUCCACGACUUUGUGGACCUUUGCUGCGAGGCCUACAACCUCAUCAGGAAGCACGCGCACCUUUUCCUCAACCUGCUCGGCCUGAUGCUGUCGUGCGGAAUUCCCGGACUGUCGGACGUGGACGACCUGAAGUACGUCUACGACGCGCUGAGACCUCACGAGUCGGAGGCCGACGCCACCAUGUUCUUCACCAGGUUGAUCGAGUCGAGCCUGGGCAGCGUGGCCACCAAGCUCAACUUCUUCAUCCACAACUUGGCGCAGAUGAAGUUCGCCGGCGCCGAAGACGCUCCGACGCUGUCGUUCGCCCCUCGCGUCCGAUCGGCCAAGAGCGACGGCGCCAUCCGGAGCCUCUACGUGUGCGCGCGCGCCGCCGCCGCCGCGGGAAAAGCUCACACGUACGCGGUGAAAGUGGAGCGUGACGGCCAGCGGGAGGCGCAGUUGGUGCAGAGAACCUUUGAGGAGUUUCAGGAACUUCACAGCAAACUCCGACUGGUGUUUCCCUCCAACAAGUUGCCCAGCUUCCCCAGCCGCUUGGCGAUCGGCCGUUCUCGGGGCGACGCGGCGGCGGAGCGGCGCCGCGACGAGCUUAACGGUUACGUGUGGCACCUCCUGCACGCCGCGCCGGAGGUGGCGCAGAGCGAUCUGGUCUACGCCUUCUUCCAGCCUCUGCCCAGAGACCGCCGGACCGACGCCGGCGGAAGCAGCAGCAGCAGCAGCAAAGCAGAGCCGUCGUGGCCGACGUCUUCCGGCAAAGCCUCGGGCGAGGUCAAGCUGUCCAUCUGCUACCGGAACGACAAACUCUUCAUUAUGGUCAUGCACAUCCGAGGACUGCAGCCCCUCCAGGACGGGACCGACCCGGACCCCUAUGUGAAACUCUACCUCCUGCCGGACCCGCACAAGACCAGCAAGAGGAAGACCAAAGCGGCGCGGCGCACCCGCAACCCCACCUACAACGAGAUGCUGGUGUACGAGCGCAUCCCGCGCGGCGACCUCCAGCAGCGCGUGGUCCACGUGCGCGUGCUGGGCGACGGCGCCUUCUGGGACAACACCCUGCUGGGAGAGGCCUUCGUCCCCCUGGGGAGGCUGGUCCCGGGACACCACUGGGUGGACUGGCACCCGCUGGGGGGCGCCGGAGCCGCCGGAGCCCGCUGACGACCCGCUUGAACGCGCUAACUUUUAGCCUUUGCAGGAGCACAGGGGGGAACGGCCCUUUCCGCAUUACUAGUGCGCUCAAUUGCCCGUCUGCUAGUGCUACGCGCUCCUGAAUGACGUUUCUUCACACUCGUGGAAAUGGCUCGGAUGAAAUGGUGGACCAACUCUGCAGAACGAUGAGGCUGCACGCCGACCAUUUUUCUCACUCCACAUUUCUGCGCACUAGAAGACGUCGACUUGAAAGUGUGGGGGUACAGUGUGGUCAAGUUACAAUUUGGGGCGUACCCAGUUAUCAGUUCUACAAGUGCGCGGGAUUGUCUUAGUCGUGAGGAAAUGAGCGCACUAGUAGAAUACGGCCCAAACGCACAAGUUCCGUUCCUCCUUUGAUUGUUACCGUUCACAGAUGGAUUGCGGGGGCCGUCCUGGACUGAACUGGGUUUCGUUGCUCUCGUCAGAUGCGAUUUUCUACUUUUCUAGCGCCGUCAGCGUCGUCGGUGUUGCCAAACGAGAACUGUGAACGUUUGAAAGCUGCAAAGAAUAAAGGCGGAAGUGACCGCACAGGAAGUGAGGUCACCCCGCGCAAACUCUA